UGCACGAUGAAACGUCACUUGCCACGUCUUGACACUGCGGGCGCGCUUGUUCCAGUGAGUGGCAAGUUCUACAAGUUUUUAACAACUAUCUCAAAACGUAUAAUUUUUUUUUCUGAAAUGUUCCUGGCUUGUUUGAGCUGGUUUUGCACCUCGCUGCUAGUGUUCGUCAGUGGAGGGAAACUUCCAGAAGCCGAGGUAAAAAUCACAGUUCUGCACAAACCUUUCCUCUGUCAUCGCAAGUCGAAGUACGGAGACAUUCUGCUGGUACACCAUGAAGGAUAUCUUCAAAAUGGAACUAAGUUUCAUUCCAGCUACUCCCAGGGGGACAAGCAGCCUGUCUGGUUCACUCUGGGUAUUAAAGAGGUGAUAAAGGGAUGGGAUAAGGGUCUGCAGGGGAUGUGUGCUGGAGAGAAGAGGCGCCUCGUCGUACCUCCUGUCCUCGCUUACGGCAAGGAGGGGAAAGGUAAGAUCCCACCGGAGAGCACCCUGACUUUUAACAUCGAGUUGAUGGAGAUCAGGAAUGGACCCAGGUCACAUGAAUCCUUCCAGGAAAUGGACCUCAACGAUGACUGGAAACUCUCCAAGGACGAGGUGAAGGAGUACCUGAGGAAGGAGUUUCAGCGUCAUGGUUACCCACCCAACGACACCCACCAUGAGCAGAUGGUGGAGGACAUCUUUAAGAAGGAGGAUGAGAACGAGGAUGGCUUCAUCUCCUCCAGAGAGUUCACCUAUAAACACGAUGAACUUUAACCUCUGACCUAAUAAUCCCCUAUACUUAUGGCACAGGGUUUUUUUAUUUCCUGGUCCGGUCAAACUUGGAGGUUCUUAGUCCUAUUUCUGUUCAGGGUAAAAGUUGCUUUCAGACACAGUUCUAGGAUCAGUUUAUGUUCACCAUAUUAAACGGUGUAGAUCAUAGGAAACUGACCUUAGAUCAGUGUUCAACGGCAUCUUGCAUCCGUCCAAAACGGAAUCGGGUUACAUGAACAUGAUAUGAUCAUUCUUUACAUUAGACAAGCUGUGUGAAUUGUGAUGCUAGUGCGUGCGUGUGUGUGUGUGUGUGUGAUAUUUUCGGGUACAAGUUUAUUUUAAAAGUUUGUUAAUAAACUGCUUAUGAAUCAUUAUUAAAUAUUUGGUUAAACAUUG